AUGGCAGCCCUGUGGCAACACCGGGCGCUCUCUCCGGCACAGCCACGGCCCAGCUGGCAGGUGCGCUUUGAGGACCAUUGGGAGCUGCGCCGGAGGGGCGUCCCGCCCCCCAAGGACCCCAACUGGAGGGCGCUCUAUGCCCUGAAGCCCUUCCAGAGGAACCUGCUGCAGAAUCCAAACCCAGAAGGGCUGAGUACCUCUGAGCCAGCUCCGCCGUGUCCCCCCAAAGCACCAUGGAUGCUUCUCAACCCCCAAGGCACUUUCAAAGGUUGGCAGAUCAGCACCGAGCCCCUGCCUGUGGGAAAGGAGGCCACCUUGCCACACUACAGCUGGAGCGUUAAGCAGCAGCGCAUCGACCUGCUGGCCGAGGGACUCUGGGAGGAGCUGCUGGAUUUGUACCAGCCCAACAUCACCAUCAUGGACUGGUACGAGAACAGCAAACUAGCUAGCUGUGUUUAUCAGCUUCAUGUCCAGCUCCUGGGAACGGACCAGGUGACAGUGAUUGGUGAAUUUCACCAUGUGGCACAGGAAGGCGAUCAAGGAGGAGCGAACAAGAACUGGCAUCACGUUUCCCAUGUUUUCGAGCGCUACAGCCCCGGAGUGCGCUUUGUCCACUUCCUACACAAGACCAAGGAUGCAGAGAGUCCGUCCGGCUACCACCGGACUAGAGCAACAGACAGCAGCGUCUCUGUGCAGUUGCGGGACUGA